GUACCAGUUUCAAACCAACUAGAGCUGGCGUCGUAGACGCAUGGAACGUAUUACUUUACUCAUAUAUUUGUUUAUAUAUGCAGUAAUUUGAGUAUUUUUGGGUAUUGUCGACUCAAAUUUCAGCAAAGUAUCUAAAAGCAGUGUCUAUGCGUCUAGAUAUUCCACAUUUGAGUGUCUCAGGAGCAGAAAAGGAACGUUCAAAUAUGAUGAGUGCAGCAACAGCUCCGGCAGCUGCUGCCACUGCGCCCAACAGCCCACCAGGGCUGGCAUCUGAGGCAGCUCGGCUUCUAGAUUUCAGUCAGAAACUUGACAUUGAAUUGCUUGAUAAUAUCAUCAGCUGCAUGUAUAAUGGUACUGGAGAUAAGCAAAGAGUGGCACAGGAGGUACUGACCACCUUAAAGGAGCAUCCUGAUGCUUGGACGCGGGUUGAUGCCAUCUUGGAGUAUUCAAGCAACCCCCAGACCAAAUAUUAUGCACUUCAAAUAUUGCAGCAAGUUAUUAACACCCGCUGGAAAGUUUUACCUCGAGACCAGUGUGAUGGCAUCAAGAAAUACAUUGUUAAUGUCAUCAUAAAAUUGUCCAGUAAUGCAGAAUCCCUUGAAAAGGAGAAAGUGUACCUUGGUAAAUUGAACAUUAUUUUGGUACACAUUUUGAAAAGAGAGUGGCCCAAGAAUUGGACAUCUUUCAUCCCAGAUAUUGUGGGGGCCAGCAAGUCUAAUGAGUCUAUGUGUCAAAAUAACAUGGUGAUUUUAAAGCUCCUCUCUGAGGAAGUUUUUGACUUCAGCUCUGGUCAGAUGACACAAACUAAAGCCAAGCACCUCAAGGACACCAUGUGCUCUGAGUUCCAACAAGUUUUCAUGCUCUGUCUCUACGUCAUGGAAAACUCUCAAAAUCCCCAGCUCGUGAGUGCAACGCUAGAGACUCUACUUAGAUUUCUAAACUGGAUCCCACUUGGUUACAUUUUUGAGACCAAGCUCAUCAGCACACUUAUUUUCAAGUUUUUAUCUCUCCCGCUGUUCCGAAAUGUUACUCUUAAGUGCUUGACGGAAAUAGCAGGUGUAGCUGUCCCUCAUUAUGAUGAGUCCUACAUCAUGAUGUUCUCCCAAACCAUCACACAGCUCCAAGAGAUGCUUCCUAUAGAAACCAACAUCAAGGAUGCUUAUGCUAUUGGCAAUGACGCUGAGCAGCAAUUUAUACAGAACCUAGCACUAUUUUUAUGCACUUUUCUGAAAGAGCGUGGACCUCUUGUUGAACAACGGCAGCUAUACGAGUCCCUGCUCAAGGCCUUGCAGUACCUGAUCCUAAUCUCAGAAGUUGAAGAUACUGAGGUAUUCAAGAUAUGUCUGGAGUACUGGAACGCUUUAGCAUCAGACCUGUACAGGGAAAGUCCAUUACCCCAUGCCCCCAAUGCUGGGCCUGGCCCCAUUUACCUUCCUCGACCAAACAGCCGGCGGCAGUUUUACCAGCCUAUUCUCACGCAGGUACGCGCGCUGAUGAUCAGUCGCAUGGCAAAGCCAGAAGAAGUGCUGGUGGUGGAGAACGAGCAGGGAGAGGUAGUGAGGGAGUUCAUGAGAGACACCGACGUCAUCUUCAUGUAUAAGAACAUGAGGGAAACUCUCGUGUACCUCACUCAUGUGGACUAUGCUGACACAGAGAGAAUCAUGACCAUGAAGCUGGCAAACCAGGUGAACGGCACGGAGUGGUCGUGGCGUAACCUCAACACACUCUGCUGGGCCGUGGGGAGCAUCAGUGGCGCCAUGCCAGAAGACGAUGAGAAGAAGUUCCUUGUGAUCGUCAUUAAAGAUCUGCUCGGCCUUUGUGAACAGAAGAGGGGCAAAGACAACAAAGCCAUUAUUGCUUCCAACAUCAUGUACAUCGUCGGACAGUAUCCAAGAUUUCUGCGUAUCCACUGGCGCUUCCUGAAGACGGUCAUCAAUAAACUGUUCGAGUUCAUGCACGAGACUCACGACGGCGUGCAGGACAUGGCCUGCGACACCUUCAUCAAGAUCGCGCAGAAAUGCAGACGGCAGUUUGUUCAGCUGCAGGUUGGUGAGGCUAUGCCAUUCAUUGAGGAGAUUCUGACUUCGAUCAACACGAUAAUCAGUGACCUACAGCCGCAGCAAGUGCACACCUUCUAUGAAGCUGUAGGUUACAUGAUCAGCGCCCAGACGGACAAGAGUGUACAGGAUAUACUCAUUGAAAAGUAUAUGCUGCUCCCCAAUCUGGCUUGGGAUGACAUCAUCAGCCAAGCGUCUCGCAAUGUUGACACCCUCAAGGACCCUGAUGUGGUCAAGCAGCUUGCUAACAUCCUCAAGACGAACGUGCGCGCGUGCACUGCGCUGGGGCAUCCCUACGUUUACCAGCUCGGCAGGAUAUACCUCGACAUGCUCAACGUCUAUAAGGUGAUGAGCGAGAACAUCAGCGCCGCGAUCCUGCACAACGGAGAGAACGUGACCAAGCAGCCGCUGAUCAAGAGCAUGCGCGUCGUCAAGAAGGAGACGCUGAAGCUUAUAUCAGGCUGGGUGAGCCGCUCUGAGGACCCUACCCUCAUCAUGGAGAGCUUCCUGCCGCCAUUGCUCGAGGCUGUGCUGCUUGAUUACCAGCGGACGAGCGUGCCGGCAGCUCGGGAGCCGGAGGUGCUGUCAACAAUGGCGACAUUUGUCAACAAACUCGAGAUGCACAUCGCGCCUCAAGUGCCUCAGAUUUUUGAUGCUUUGUUCGAGUGCACACUUUCCAUGAUCAACAAAGAUUUCGAGGAGUUUCCUGACCACAGAACCAAUUUCUUUCUACUGUUACAAUCUGUGAACAACUAUUGCUUCGCAUCGUUGCUGGCCAUCACGCCCGCGCAGUUCAAGCUCGUGCUCGACUCCAUCAUUUGGGCCUUCAAGCACACAAUGCGCAACGUCGCCGACACCGGCCUCCAGAUCCUGUUCCAGCUCCUGCAGAACAUGGCCAGGAGCGAGACUGCCUCCAACGAGUUCUACAAGACUUAUUACACCGAUAUCUUGCAGCACAUCUUCUCUGUAGUGACCGACUCCUCGCACACUGCAGGCCUAACUAUGCAUGCUUCCAUUCUUGCUUACAUGUUCAACUUGGUCGAGCAGAAUCAGGUGAAGGUGAGUCUCGAUCCCAACGCACCUGAGGCCCCCCACACUGAGAACUUGAAUUACGUCAAGGCCUUUGUGGCGAACCUCCUGAAGGCGGCCUAUCCUCAUCUCUCCGACAACCAGAUCAAGAUCACGGUCCAGGGGCUCAACAACCUCAACCAAGAUAUUCCCUCCUUCAAGGAGCAUCUCAGAGACUUCCUUGUACAAAUCAGGGAGGUGAUGGGUGAUGAUGACGCGGACUUGUAUUUGGAUGAACGAGAAGCUGCUCUCAAGACAGCCCAGGAGGAGAAGCGUCGCAUUCAGCUCAGUGUUCCUGGCAUCCUGAACCCUCACGAGCUGCCCGAAGAAAUGCAAGACUAAAAUGAAGUAUUGGAUUUUUAGCUCUGAGCUCUCGGUUGUAGUGUGGUGAUUCACAAUCGAAUUAUUUUCAGUGGGUUAUUUCCAAAUUGGUUUUGAGCUCUACAUGGUAUCUCUUUUGUUUGUGAACUGCUGCUUGAGUGUUUUCGACACUAUCUGACCUCAUAUUUGUAUGAUAUUGGUGCAGUUCAAUAUUCUUUACCACUGUAUGCAUUACAUGAGCCUGCGCAAUAUGAGAUUUUGCUUCAUAACCAGGAUUUUGAUAUAUACUCCAAUAUCUUGUUUUCCACCAAUCAUGUCAUCUGUAAUCAUUUAUAAUUGCCACGCUUUUGUGAAGUUUCUUUCUUCAUUAUUGUUGUUGACUGAUUUUCAUAUCCCUGACUUGGCAUAAAAUUAAUCCAGGACACCAUUUAGACAACACGAGUCAGCAUGAUGAUUCUUAUUUCAAAGGAUUAGUUUGUUUACCUCGUGUCUUGAUAGUUACUAUGGUGCUGCUCCAGCGUAGCCUGGGACUGCUACAUCCAAAACUUGCACUGAGAAAAAUGAAGUUUUCUUUUUUUUCUGCGCGCAGUUGAUUCAACCUUUCUAUCAAGCGAUUUUUAAAGCUUUCUAAACUACAUCCGCUUUUUUAUCAUUACCAAGGAUCAGAAAUUUGAGAAGGGAAGAAGUCUAGCAAACCUCGGGAGAUGUCGUGUCGGUAGCUUUUUCUUAAUUAUUAGUCUAUUGCGAUUAAAGUUCAUGGCAUUUCACAUGCUUCCUGGACUGUUGUUAAGCUUGCACGCUCCUCAUCUUCACUGUGUUUAUGUUGUGAUUUUUGCUUGUAUCAUGUCGGCUUAUUCUUCAUAUGUUCCUUGUCUGUCGUUUGUUAAGCGAGGUAUUGAGAAUGAAAUGAGAAGUAUUAUACAGAGUGACUGACUUGACUUGUGAUGGUUUAGUACAGGUCGCAGAAAAUGUCACAUUUUAUUGCGUGGUUUGUAGUAGCAGUUCUUAGAUGGAAUUUUUGCAAAUAUCGCUCGCAUGAUUUGGGUUAUCAUUAUUCAAGCUUAAUUCGAUACCCAAAGAUAAACAGCGUCGAAGAUUAAGCACAUUUUAUUGGUUAGUUUGUGAGUUUGUAUUGAAAUCCUAGACAGAGUAAAAUCGUUUUACAAUGGUUCGAGAUUUGAUAGUGAUAAGGAAUAGGGCUAUGCGCAGGCAGGAUAAGCUUGUCUGUGUAGGUGGGCUAGAUAGUUGUGUUAGUGGACUGGUAGCAGAUUGCAUUCGUAAUGUUGUAGAUAAGUAAGUGAUUUUAAUUCAAGAACCUUGUAUUGAGAAGGAUUGUUUUUCAGGAAUUUUUGAUGUAGCUUACCUCUCAGGCAAAUUGACUGUGCUUUCGUCUCUGCUUUCUCCAUUUUACAUUGAGCUUAUUUCUGCUGUACCAAUCUAGAGAUAUUUUACAUCACAGUAAAGUGUGCGGCUACACACUCUUGUUACUCUGCUCAAAGGAAAAGAUAGAUUACAAAAAUUAAUAGUUGAAUACUUAUUGUCUGGUUUGUGGAAUAACCUCUUUAUAAAACCCAGUUAUCAGGAAACCGCGUUUUGUUUUUCAUGUGUUUAAUUGAAGGUCCCAGGAAUUUCUAAUAGCAUUUCUAAAAAUAUUAAUUUGUAAUCUAUGUUCAUGCUUGUAUUCAAACGAACUGAGGAAUUAAUUACAGGAAUCUAAUUUUCUCAAUAAUCUUUGAAGGUAAAAAACUCUAUCCCUUUGAUCAUCGUGUGAUGGUGCAAGGGGUAACCCCCUUCGCGUUUGGCUGUUUCGCGAUCUCUUUUUCUCUUCAAGUUUUGAAGAAGUGCUUACCUCCGCCCGUAUUAAUCGUGGCAUCUUGUUUGAUUCAAAUGAAACACUAUUGGAUGGACUCUCAUGAUUCCUUCUUAUUUAUUUCGCGUUGAUGUUAGGGCAUUUGGAUUGCGAAAUCUGCCUGAUCGAGUCCAACACGAAUUGUGAGUAGUUGUAUUGUUCACGUUUUAGUGAACAUAAUGACCUUAUUAUUUAAGGAUUAGUCAUAUUGUGGACUUUUGAACUGUUAUUCUAAGUCGAAUGGAAGUUUGGAUGGUCCUAGUGUUACUCUCCUUUUGUGUGGAAUGUAGUGCCGCUUUUGUAUGACCAGCCUCUGAUAUUUUAUUCAUUGGUGUUGUGAUGCAGGCUUCAUUUAUUUUCUCUUUACGGUAGGAAGAAGUUAACCAGAAUUUCGGUCGAUUGCCUUAGCUUACGAAAGUCCCGCUUAUAAUUCUUCUUCUGAUUGUUAGUUACCAAUUCGGAAUGAAAACACAUUUUUGUUUUGAAAUAUUGUCUGCCUGAGAAAAUAAAAAGGCAGUCCCGGGCAGAGUGCCCUUGCAUUUACUGCUGCUCUACACGCGGCCUUUGUUGUUGUGCGAGAGCUUUGAUGCCAAAUAGUGAGUUUGUGAGUUUGCUCCUCCCUAAACGUUGUGAAAAUGAUGUUCCUAAUUGUGUUGUCGUUUAUUCUGUUUGGGAAGUCCAGAAGUCUUUUUAAUGUGACUGAGAAGAAAAAGAUUGCUGCUCUUCAAUUGAGUCACGUGUUGUGUUCGAGUGAAACAGCGUCUGUGCUCCUACAGCUUUGAUGAAUAGUCGUUCCUUGCACUCAUUUGUUUGCGUUCGUUUUAUGGUAGUCAUUUAUUAUUACCUUGGUGGUUAGUUCGCAUGUUAGCAAUUGUGGACUAGCCUGUUCUUCUCUACCUGAAACGAGCUGUGAGGGUGAUAUUCAGUUCUGUGUAUAUAUAUAACCUUUAUGCUUAUAAUUAAUUUGUUUGAUGCACCAUCUUUAAGAGCAUGGCUGAUAUGCAUUAAGGGAUUAAGGCGACCCUUGUGUCGUGUGGUCACUCGCACUGUGUCAGUGCUGGGCUUGAACGCUUGUUUUUGACCCUAAAGAACGAAUAGCGUUUCUUCAUAUUGAUAACGGUAUUUCUACCGGGAAUGUUGAUGAGUAAUAUUGCAGUAAAAGGUUUAGUAGUUAAUAAUCACUUCCCUAUGUACACUUUAAUUGCUGACAAUAUCGCGUUUCUUUUGACCGUAGGCCCUGCUAUUUACUAACAUAUUUGCAAGCAUUUUACAUAAAUGCGACGUCGUGAGAGUAGUUCAGAGUCUCCUACUUCAGUUACUUGGUUGACUCAACCAAAUCGGUGUCUUUUCAAGCAAAAUAAAAACCAUUUUCUUACGAAA